CGCCACUGUCAAUACUGUAUUAGCAGCCAAAUAUGUGUUAUCUCUGAGGUACUUCGAUUACGGACAACGACGAAGUACGAUCCGAAACCACGAUCAUAGUAAUUAUUGUCGUAGUGGUUAUCGUCAGUGGCCUCCCAUCAGUAGACCUAUACUAUUUUAAGCUUUGAAAAACAAGACCAGAUACACACAUUUAGGCUUAACUAUAGCACGUUGAUAAGCUCAAGCAUGCCGUAUUGUCAAGGCAUCAUCGGACGCAUCGGAGGGUUGGCAUUCGAUUUUUCCAGUGAUAAGAACAAAGGCCAUUGGUGUUCCAAUGCAAAAUCGGACGAAACUGAUUCACCCAGCGAACCAGAUCAUCAGGAUGAUCAAAGCACACGGCUGUUAGUUGCUCAGGAAAAUGGCGUUGUCAAAUGGUAUGAUCCGCAUCGUGGAUACGGCUUCCUUGUGCGACCGGACGGUUCCGAGCUUUUUGUUCAUCGUCAACGUGUGGUUAUGGCAGCUGGGGAAGCACCGCUACUCAGAGCGCGAACUCAGCUAUCUUUCGACGUGUGGAGGAGCCCACAUGGACGACUGGAGGCCCAGAACGUCCGCACAACAUGGGGUCGACCGAUUUCUAAUCGAGUUUCGGGCAAGCGAUACUCUCUAAUCCGUAGGGAAUUUCACGAAUCACAUGACCUCACGGGACACGAUCAGAUGCCUUCCAUCGGCAACACGCCGAUUCGCAAAUCUGAAUUUGACAAUUUGCGAACUGAUUACUGCCCGCCCCUGCAGAUGGCAGCACGAUCUCGGUGUUCGUCGCGAAAAAUAAAAGAACCUCGAAGGCAUUGCACUGACGGUAAAUCCUGACCGAUAGCGUUAAGUACAGUCUCGGAGUUACCCAGAAAUCUGGACUCGUUGUUCACUUUUAUUUUGGGAUCGAGAGCGUUCUCUAACUGGAUUCGUUAGGCGCUGUUACCGAAGAAACCUAAAACUGGAUGCGACGUUCGCAUUUGUAGCGGUCAGAUGGGCUGACUAUCACUCACCAUUGAUUCCUCAAUGGUAGGGGCCCCUUUACGGUGUCAUGGCCGAGGCUGGCCUAAGCUGGAAUGUCGCCCACGCUUCAUCGAAAAACUAUCUGUUUAACGUAAGAUUAACGAAAAUAUUAAUAAAGACGAAAUAACGAAAUAGAAUAAUCAAUUGUAUAACAAUUUGCGGAGCUUUCUAAUACUACGUAAUGCUAUCUAAUAUAAUGAAAAUUAAGGCAAACCCCAUGUAAGGUGUGCGUGUCCUAGAAAUGAAUAA